AUGGCUCAGGGAAAAUUGAAAGUAAAAUCGAAAGCACCACCUAAUCUAAAGAAAGCCGCUAACAAGAAAAAAGGAACGGCAUUCAAUAAACGGAAAAAUGCACCCAUUCAGUCAAAGAAACACAAAUUCGAAGAGGCCCACAAACUGAAGCAAGUCAUUACAAAAACAGUCAACAAGAAGAACGAGGAUGAUAUACGGAAGAUUGCGUAUGAAGGACAGACAAACCUUAGUCAGGCGCAAUUAGCUGUGCAGGAACAUCAUCGGAAACAGAAUCAGAACGAUGGAUCUGAGGCGGGUACUUCGAAGGGUAACUGA